AUGGACACUCCCUCCUCUUCUUCUCCCCCUCCUUCUCACGCUCCAUCUCCGUCACGGGCUCCACCAGCAGAAACCAUCUGGUAUACUAGGGACCCCGACGAAACCACUCGCAGAUGGGUCGUGUACGGAAAGCGCCCAGCUAUGGAUACGGACCCUCCUGUCCCAGUGACACCGUCAAAGCAGGAUCCUAAUGCGAUAGUCCCAUGGGCAACGCCUGAGAAAAGCUCGCCUCCACAGCUUCGAUACUACUCGGGAGUGACAGCGAUUGAGAGCGGAUCCGGGCAGCUAUCUCUGUUCCAUCACUUGUCAGAUCGUGGCACCUUUACGAAAGUCCCCCCAGAACUCAAGGCACUGCGCGAUCACGAAGAAGGACGCAAGCCACUGGUAGCCCUGAUGCAACCAGGUCUGGCAGCAGUCUGCAUUGAGAUUUCAGACCCCGCAAUGGAUCGUACUCGUCUGUCGGGGUUUCGCCUUCGCAGAGACGGGGUGGAUGCUGUGGUCAGCUGUGCACAUUUCACCGAAUGGCCCAACAACAACCGCGAGGAAUUUGAUGAAGUCGUUCGGCGGGUUUCCCAGGACACAACUGACAUACGAGCACGUCAGACGGCGGAUGUUGACGCUGAAAUGACGGAAUGCGACGACGUGCUCAAGCUUCAACUGGUUGCGGUUCACUGUCCAUGGGAUAUCGCCAUUUUCCGUAUCCUGCAGGCACCUGGCGACGAUGAGGUUAAUACCGUGAUUGAUUGGAGUCAAAUCCACUUUGUGGUUGAAGAGGAUCGAGGCAAGCUGGGCUCAAAGGAUCUUUGGUGGUCGGUCGGGUUCAACCUCAACAACAAUCAGGCCAGACUCAAUUCAGAUUGGAAAGGGUUUUUCUUGCGACAACCCCUCAGCAUUCAACAAGACAUUGCUCAACGCUAUCUCUAUGACGAAAAUCAUCCACCCGCCGUGGAUUUCCUCAAGACCAAUCGACGCACUGUGAGUUUCGGCAAGAUGGACGAAUUCGCCGAGACCGGAUUUCCUCCACAGUCAUACCAAGUGUCUCUUAACUUGAGUGCUUGGUACGGACGUUCCGGCUCGAUGGUCUGCUCUCGGGGAAACGCCGGCGUCGAUGGGGAGGAGAGUCACGUCCAAGUCUACGGCCUCAUUGUCGGGGGUUCAUCUGAGACCAAUCACAACGUCAUGACCUUGUUCACAGAAGAGAUGAGAGGCUGGUUGGAGAAGGCGUUUCACUCGGAGCUAGAGGAACACCCUAUUGACUUCAGCCGGCGCUUCGUCAUGGCUAUUGGCGAUGAACAGAUCCUCUGA